AUGAGUACUAGGAUUAAGAGGGUGAACAUGGCUAAGCCUGAGUACGAGACAUCUGAAACGGUGGUGUUUUGGGACAUGGACAACUGUCCGCUCCCCAAUGGUUAUGACCCAUGUCUUCUAGCUCCGAGAAUAGACACGGAGUUGGAAGAUCUAGGCUACGAUGGGCCCCUCAUGAUCGUUGCUGCUGGAAACCUGUACGGGAUCCCUAAUGAGUUCCUGAGAGCGCUCUCUUCCACUGGAGUCCUUAUUAGACACUGCAUACGCGGCUUGUAUAGUAUGGUGAUAGAAUAUUUGGAUUCACGAACUAGUCAAUCUCCAAUGACACUAAUGCUCAUAACCACCGACUCUUCUCUGCUGGAUAGUGUCGUAUGCCAAAUUUACAAGGGUGUCUACGUUGGAUACAAUCUUCUUCUGGCACAUCCCCCAUUUUAUGAAAUUGAAGACCCACACCAUAGAUCUUUGGUCUACGUUGGUGCAGAGUGGCUCUGGACUAGGUAUAGCUUACUGAAAGUUUCAGGGUUUGAGGAGGAGACUAGAGGACUGGUGGACAUAGGCGGCUUUCAAAAGUUUUCUUGCGAGUCAUGCCAUGUUGAUUCUUUCCGCAACUUUGCAGAUUUCAUUGAGCACUGUGAGACCAGCGAGCUGCAUCAAGCCUUAAGGGAGAGGGAGUGGGAGAGGGAGAAGGCAGAGAGGGAGAAGGCCGAGAGGGAGAGGGAGUGGGAGAGGGAGAAGGCAGAGAAGGCAGAGAAGGCAGAGAGGGAGAAGGCCGAGAGGGAGAGGGAGUGGGAGAAGGCAGAGAAGGCAGAGAGGGAGAAGGCCGAGAAGGCAAGGGAGGAGAAGGCCGAGGUAGAGAAGGCAGAGAGGGAGAAGGCGGACGAGGUAGAGAAGGUGGAGAGGGAGAAGGCCGAGAGGGAGAAGGCAGAGAAGGAGAAGGCCGAGAAGGAGAAGGCAAACAAUUUGGAAAUUGGUGAUGAAGGAGGUGAGUCUUCCUUUGAACAGAUGAAUUUGAAGGAGUUUGAAGAGGAUUCUAAUGAGGAGAGGAAGAAGCAGAUGAUGGAUCUGAGGAAGAAUUUCAUGGAGCAGAUGAAUGUAGCUGAAGAAGAAUGA